UCGCACAGGUCAAAGUCAACACACGACGAAAUCAAACAGUAAAACAAUCUGAGGAGAGUGAGGCAGAGAGAGCAGAGUGAUUCGAGAGCAAGAGCAAACCACCUUCUUCUUCUUCUUCUCUUCUUCCUCUGCACUGCAGCUAGCUCUCUGCUCCGCCAUGUGCCGCGGAUCAGUCCUCCUCCUCCGUGUCCAUGCCGCGCUGCUUCUCCUCGCGGCGCUCCCGGCGCUGAUCGCCGGCCAGCCGUGGGAGAUAUGCGGGGAGAACGGCAACUACACGGCGAACAGCACCUACCAAGCCAACCUCAAGCAGCUCGCCGCGGCGCUCCACAAGAACGUCUCCUCCGGCACCGGCGGCGGCCGCCUCUUCGCCUCGGGCGCCGUCGGCGCCGUGCCGGACGCCGUCUACGCGCUCGCGCUCUGCCGCGGCGACAUCAACGCCUCGGCCUGCGCCGACUGCGUCGGCACCAUCUUCCAGGACGCGCAGCAGCUGUGCCCCUACCGCAAGGAGGUGUCCAUCGUCUACGACAGCUGCUACCUCCGCUUCUCCAACCUCGACUUCCUCUCCUCCGCCGACAACUCCGGCGUCGUCGACCUCUACAACACCGGGACCGUCUCCGGCGACGUCGGCCGCUACGACCGCGCGGUGACGGGCCUCCUCAACGCCACGGCCAGGUACGCGGCGGGCAACACCAACGCGUCGUCCAGGCUGUUCGCGACGGGGGUGAUGGUCGGGUUCGACGCCCAGUUCCCCAAGAUCUACGCCAUGGCGCAGUGCUCGCCGGACCUGUCGCCGGCGCAGUGCGGGCUGUGCCUCGGCGCCAUGGUGGCGCGGUGGUGGCAGACGUUCGAGCCCAACACGCAGGGCGCCAGGAGCGUCGGCGCGCGCUGCAACAUGCGGGUCGAGCUGUACUCGUUCUACAACGUCCCUUCCAUGCUGCAGCUGCAAGCCGAGGCCGUCGCGCCGUCGCCAUCGCCGGCGCCGGCGCCGGCAGGGAAGCCACCUGCUGUGCCGGGCACUACAGGAGGGAAAAGGAGAAACGGAGCAGGUAAAGUUCUUGCAAUUGUAAUGCCUAUAGUUGCUGCCAUACUGGCAGUCACUGUAAUUGGCUUUUGUUUCUGGAGGAGGAGAAGACCAGAAAAAACACCUCCACCAGGACCGCUCCGAUCCGCAUCUCGUUCGGAGGACUUUGAGAGUAUUGAGUCACUUUUUCUUGAUCUAUCAACACUCCGAAUCGCAACAGAUAACUUCUCCGAAAAUAACAAACUUGGUGAAGGAGGAUUUGGUGUUGUUUAUAAGGGAUCCCUACCACAUGGUGAAGAGAUAGCAGUAAAGAGGCUCUCACAAAGCUCUGUGCAAGGAAUGGGGGAGCUGAAAAAUGAGCUGGUUUUGGUUGCCAAGCUCCAGCACAAGAAUCUUGUCCGUUUGGUCGGUGUUUGUCUAGAAGAGCAUGAGAGGAUGCUUGUCUAUGAAUACAUGCCCAAUAGAAGCUUGGAUACCAUUCUUUUUGAUGCUGAGAAAAGCAGUCUGCUAGACUGGGGAAGAAGGCUGAAAAUAAUAAACGGAGUCGCUCGAGGAAUGCAGUAUCUCCAUGAAGAUUCCCAGCUGAAGAUCGUUCAUCGGGACCUUAAGGCAAGCAAUGUUCUUCUAGACUCUGAUUACAACCCCAAGAUUUCAGACUUCGGCUUGGCAAGGCUCUUCGGAGGCGACCAAACACAGGACGUCACAAAUCGCGUUGUCGGGACAUAUGGAUACAUGGCGCCAGAGUACGCGAUGCGUGGGCACUACUCCGUUAAGUCAGACGUGUUCAGCUUCGGCGUCCUGGUCCUGGAGAUCGUCACGGGGAGGAGGAACAGCGGCUCCUACUACAGCGAGCAAUCCGGCGAUCUCCUAAGCAUUAUAUGGGAGCACUGGACCAUGGGAACCAUCAUGGAGAUGGUGGACCGGUCCAUGGGCGAGCGCGCGGCGGGCGGCGAGAUCGCGAGGUGCAUCCACGUCGGGCUGCUCUGCGUGCAGGAGAACCCGGCGAGCAGGCCGGCCAUGUCGGCGGUGAACGUGAUGCUGAGCAGCGGCACGGUGUCGCUCAAGGCACCGUCCAGGCCGGCGUUCUACAUCCGGAAGGGCGGCGGCGACGACGGCGGCGGCACGGGGUCGUACUCGGGGUCGUUCGUCGGCACCUUGCCGUCGUCCGGCAGGUCGGCGCCCAUGUCGCCCAACGAGGUGUCCAUCACUGAGCUCGAGCCGAGAUAAGGAAGAAAAAUGUAGCAGAGCCAUGUCAUGUCACAGGAGUGAAGGGCUCCGGGGAUGCCUAAUUUGUGAUUUUGUGUGCUGUGAUGGUGUCCUCAAGAUGCUACAAUGUAUAGAAACAGGCAGUAAUCGUUGGCAAGAACAAAAUGCCAGCAAAACAGUAUAGCACUUUAGUGUUGUCUUUUAACUCUUAUGGCGAAUUAUGCUGAGAUAAUUGCAUGAUUUGCAGGUGUUCAUUACAAAUAUAUUACCCUCGUUUCAUAUUA